AUGAACCUUAUGUUUGACGAAACAGAGUUAGAGUUGACGCUGGAUGGCGAAGGGCCUGGGGCCUGGUCAAUUCUAGCAUCGCACUCGCAGCUGAGCAUUGGCAAUGGUGAUUCUGAUUCUGUUCAGGAGUUCGAUUUUGUGCGACUCCCACAAGCCUUGCCCAGGAAGACGGCGUCUUGCAUGUACGAGGCUCUUUGCCAGGGUGAGGGCAGUCUCGCAGCAAACAGCAUGUCAUUGCAGGCUGAUUAUUGCUGUAUCAUCAUCACUUGUGAUCAAGCAUCUGCCAACAUCAGGCUUUUAAAGCACGUGCAUGCCGUGCUGCCUGAAAAAGUGUAUUUGCUGCCAAUGCUGUGUGCACAACACCGAAAUGGAAAUGUGAUAGAACGUUUGACAAAAUUACUCGGCAUUUUGCCAGGUUGCUAUUGCUUGUCCAAGUGCAGCCAGAAAGGCAAACUCUUCAAGGAUUGGAAGCAGGCAAUCAGAACCCAGUUGCAGGAUGAUUUGAAAAUCCUGCCCGCAGAGCCCCCAGGCGUGCAGGCAGAGUGGGCAGCAGCAAGAAAACAAGCCCAAUUGUUCUUGGAACUGGUGCUGGAAGGUCUUGCCGACAACAUUGACGACAGUUCUGGUCUUCGUCCGGGUACUUCGGCCGACAUCAAGAAGUUCACAGACUUCUUCCGAGGCCCUUGGACAGGUAAAGACAUGAAGCCUCAGGAUGUGUAUGGAGCUGUGGAGAAGCUGCAAUCAGUGCUGUGCUGCGACACCUAUGGUGGGGUUGACGCUGUCCGGUAUGCCCGGGAUGCGUACAACAAGCGGCAUCCGAUGCACCUCAUCCUCGACCUCCAGAACGGCAAAGGCGGGAAGUUGUGGCUUGGAGGCCACUUCGCGGAUGUUGCAUGCCUGACGCAGAACCAUGUCGCGGUGGUGUUUCCAGCAAACAGAACUGCCACGAAUCAUUUGCAAGACCAAGCAGCAGUGAGAAUCCUCCCGUUUGUGGACGGGACUGGCGUUGUCCAUAAAGACGUGGCUUUGAGCCAGGUUAUUGACCGCCUUCACUCAGUGAUCGAGCUGCUUUUGAAGGGCUUCUCCGUGGUGAUUUUAUGUCACAACGGAGCGCACAGGACCGUGUUGCUCUUGAUGAUCAUCUGUGGCAUUCCCUUCGAUACGGCCAGUCACCAUGUGACACAGCUUCGGAACAUCGUGGACCUUCAAAGCCGAGCACCGUGCAGAGGCGGACGUAUCAACACAAUACGCCCGAUGGACUUUCUGGCGGAGGUCUCUGACCAGGUUGCUGUCACGGGCGCCAUGGUCGGCAACGGCAGAGGCGUGGCAUCAAGCAACAUGCUGAACGAUCUCAUGACACCUUUGACGUUGAGGAAAAUGGCUUUGGAGCUGGGUUUCGAGACUCGCAACCACAUCCGGCCGAGCCUCCCGUCUCUGCCAGUUUCGAUGGUCAGGGCCACAGGCCAGGUUAAAGAAGUCCGAGAUCUGUUGGAAGCCCGCUCACAGCAGAUUGAGGCCACCAGGCCAAAAGCCAGAGCUCCCGCCGCCAUCAAAACGAAGGCCAUGCCGGCAGGUGGGCGGGUUAAGGCAUGGAGGUUCAGCGAUUCGGGUGAGACGGGGACGGAAUUUGGCUUCACCACUGACGACUCCUACGAUAUUGUGAGCAUGGUUGGCGGCAAAGGCCUCACAGACUUUGAGUCCGAUGCUCCCAAGCGUGCAACACUCCCAGGAGCUGCUUCGGCCAGUGGCGUUGCGCCAGGUUCCCGACCCCAGUCUUCGGCAUCUGAUGGCACUGAAGAUCCGGACGCCGGUGCUCUGCCAGCCUCUUUGCCAGUGUCGUCCGAGGCAGAGGACGACGCGUAUUACAUGGUGGACAAAAGCCAACAGUCUGCGAGUACGAAGAUGUGGCAGGAUCGCAACCCGGAAAGCCCAGUUGCCUCGCCAAGGUGGACCUCCGAAGACUUCGUUCGGCUGCAAGGGGUAGUGAAAGACCUUGGAGACUUGAAUCGUCAGCUCAUGGCUUUCACCGCCAGCCCGGACGAGCUUGACGAGGAAGUCGAAGUUGAGGUCGAGGUUGAGGACGAGCCGGUGGAGGAGCAGAAUGUGAAGAUCGAGGAGGAGGCGGCUGACUAUGGUGGCGAUACGGAUAUGGAGCAGCAAGAGUCAGACCAAGCCGGCAAAGGAGAAGCUGAGGCUAUGGAGGAAGAGCACCCACCUACAAGCCCGGUGCCUUCUGAAGGCGAGGAACAGACCAAGCCCGAGCCAGCUGCGGAUGAUAAGUCCAUGGCAGCGGCCUCUGGCCAGGUGUUCGUCGACCCCAACAUGACAGCCGCCGCUGCCGUCGAAAAUCUGGUUCAGGCUGUCAACCGACUACAGAAGGCUGGCGAGAAGGACGAGGGCCAGGAUCCGGAGUCAGCUGAGACGUUAGCCAGGCUGUUUGAGUUGUUGGAGACACAAAAGGUCCAGCAACAGACGCUACUGACGCGACUCACAAAGGUCACGAACCAGGCUGAGGCAGACCAGCGCAAGAAGGAAGUUUUCGAGGUCAUGUACAACCGUGACUUUUCGAGGCUGAGGCACCUCCUGUGCAACGAGCUGCCGGUCUCAGAGCUGGCUACCCUGCGCGAUCACCAAGGCAUGAGCCUUGCUCAUCAUUUGGUCGAAAGCCCCUUCAUUGGCGGAUGUGGCAACACUUCCAUCCGGUAUGCCGCCCAAUUGGCUCAAGGUGCCUACGCUGUUAUGGUGACCACUGUGCUGUGCUGCAAUGCUCCUGGCAAUGGCGUGGCUGAGAAGUGGCUUGGUUGGGCCUUGGGUUGGGCAAGCACCGGCAGCUAUGCCAACAUGGCCUUUGGCCCCGUUGCCCACGUCGUCUGCAGAGCCAUGACGGUUGCCAUGCUGGAUUGCCUCUCCAGCAUGGCCUGCCUGGCUUGCUACAGGCUGACCCGUGCCGCAAGUGGCAGUACCGCGCUGCACAUAGCGGCGUCAAGGGGUCAGCUCAGCUUUAUCAAGAAGAUUUGCUGGUCUCUCUACCACAAAUUGGGCGGAUCGUCCGAGUACGGGGGCGAAAGAUCGACCGCGGCUUUCCACAUGGUCGGGGCUUGCCUGAACUCGCCAGGUGGAAAAAAAGGACAAGGAGUCGUGGACAUGGCUCUUGGCAACAACAUCGAAUGCGCAAGCUACCUCAAAACAACAUGGGGUGGACGCGAACUUUUGGAAAACCCGCGCAAGCGGGGACAGGGCUAUGUCUGA